AUGGCGUUUGCUGGGACAAAUAUCAGCUUAUUCCAACCGGAUAUCACACAGAAACUAACGGAGCGCAAAGACGACCUGAAGCAAAAAAUCACUGCAUGCGGGAAGCGGAUUCGACGAUUUACCGAGAGGUCAAGGCGGUUCAACCAGAAUCGUCUCUUCCAGAGUGAUCAGAAGGGCCUUUAUAAAUCAUUGGAGCGACCAGAGGUAUAUGGAGCGGACCCAAGACUGGAUCAGGCCGUCACUAUCGCAUUCUGGCGUGGCCUGUGGUCAGAGCCCGUAAACCACAGCGAGGGCCCUUAG